AUGGCCGCUCCUACACAGUUUGCUUACCGAAGUGUUAAGGGCAUUGGCAUCUUUGAUGCAGCUCCCGUUUAUGCGCCUUUGUCGGGGUUCGAGAAACCUGAAGGCAACCUCCGUUGCAGUGCCUACUCGCCAUGCGGUCGGUAUUUUGCGUGGGCGUCUCAAGACAAGGUUACCAUCGUUGAUCCUUCCGUCGGUCAUAUCAUCACGAACAUCCCUGCCGACAACGUUUUUGAACUGGGAUUCUCGCCGCUCGGAACCUACCUGAUUACCUGGCAGCGCCCCACCAAGGAUGCCAAUGGUGACGCCGUCAAGAACCUGAAGGUUUGGAAGGUGGUGGAGACGCCUGCCGACAGCAAUGGAGACGAGCACACGAUCGUCGGCAGCUACGUUCAGAAGUCGCAGACAGGCUGGAACCUUCAGUACACGUCUGAUGAGCGUUUCUGCGCUCGUGUGGUCACCAACGAGGUCCAAUUCUACGAAAGUGACAACCUGUAUAAGGUUUGGAACAAGCUGCGCGUGGAGGGAGUGUCCGACUUUGCCCUCUCGCCCGGAAAGAACCAAGCCGUUGCCGUUUUCAUCCCCGAACGCAAGGGACAACCGGCCGCCGUCAAAGUGUUUAUGGUGCCGCAGUUCGGAGCGCCCGUUUCGCAGAAGACCUUCUUCAAGGGCGACAAGGUUCAGCUGAAGUGGAAUGCCUCCGGUAACACCUUGAUUGUGCUUGCGCAGACCGAUGUCGACAAGUCUGGCAAGAGUUACUACGGGGAGACUACGCUUUACCUUCUGGGUGCUAGUGGAGGAUUUGAUUCUCGCGUGGACUUGGACAAGGAGGGUCCCAUCCAUGACGUGACCUGGAACCCCAACUCGAAGGAAUUCGGCGUUGUGUACGGCUACAUGCCGGCCAAGACCACCAUCUUCAACUUCCGUGGUGUUCCCCAGCACAGCUUCCCUCUGGCCCCUCGAAACACCAUUCAGUUCUCCCCCCAUGGUCGGUUCGUUCUCGUGGCUGGCUUCGGAAACUUGGCGGGCCAGAUGGAUCUGUACGACCUCGACAAAAACUACCACAAGAUCGCUACCGUGGAAGCAUCGAACGCGAGUGUUUGCGAAUGGUCCCCUGACGGCCAGUUCAUUCUGACUGCCACCACCAGCCCUCGGCUGCGAGUGGACAAUGGCAUUCGUCUCUGGCAUGUCAGCGGGGCUUUGAUGUACAACGAGGAAAUGAACGAGCUUUACGAUGUGUGCUGGAGACCUCAGUCGACCACCCAGCACCCUCUGACCGAUCCAUUCAACCCUCUCCCUGCCCCCCACCCCUCGGCUGCCGCGUAUCUCAGUACCCGGAAGGCACCCGUCAAGCCGGCUGGUGCGUACCGCCCUCCCGGCGCUCGCGGUCAACUGACUCCCUUGGCCUUCAAGCGAGAGGACCAGGGCGGUGCCGCCUAUGUUCGGGAUGGCGCCAACGGCCUUGCUUCUCUAAACGGAUUCGGAAAACCCCGGAGACGCGAAGUGCCGGGUGCCGAGGAGUUCCUUCCUCCGGGAGCCGCUCCUGGUGGAGGCGUUGCUCUCCCCCCUGGUGCCGACCAGCCCGAGAAACUCUCCAAGUCGGCCGCGCGGAACAAGAAGAAGCGUGAGGCGAAGAAGGGCAACCCCAACGGAGAGGACGGAGACGCGGCACCGCCGGCACGCAGCCCGGACCGCCGCGGCGACAAGGGCCACGAGCGCAGCCGCUCCAAGGCCAAGAACGGCAACAACCAAGCCAAUGGCGCUGCGCCUCCGGCCAAGGCAAAUGCCAAUGCCGCUGCUGCCGCCGCCGCCAUCGAGGACGCCGCAGGUGCCCCCACCGCGCAGGAAAAGAAGAUCCGUGGACUUCUGAAGAAGAUCCGGGCGAUCGACGAGCUGAAAAUGCGCCUUGCAGGCGGGGAGAAACUGGAAGACACGCAGAUGAAGAAGAUUCAAACCGAAGAUUCGGUGCGCAAGGAAUUGAAUUCCCUCGGAUAUACUGGAUAG